GCUCGGCGUCCCUCCCGCGUGGUGCUCGGCAGCGCGGCCCGGCCCGGCCCGGCCCGGCCCGGCCCUGCUGCGGCCUCUGGGUGGCGCGGCGCGGCCUCCCCCUGCGGCUCCGCGCCCGCCGGGGACAGGGAGCCGCUCGGCCGGCCCCGAGCCCUCGCUCGCCCUUCCACUGGGUCCGUCUGUGUCGCUUCCGCCGCCGUUCGCGAGGAGCAGCGCCCAGCCGAGCGUCCUCCGGCAGCCGCGGCGCUCCCCGUCGCUGCAGCGGCCCCCUUGCCUGAUCUGCGCGGUGGUGCAGUAGAACCAAUGCAGAUUGACGUAGAUCCACAAGAAGAUCAGCAAAAUGCACCUGAUAUCAACUAUGUGGUGGAGAACCCCACUCUGGAUUUGGAGCAGUAUGCAUCCAGCUACAGUGGUCUGAUGCGAAUUGAGCGGCUUCAGUUUAUUGCUGAUCACUGCCCACAGCUGCGGGUGGAAGCUCUCAAGAUGGCACUGUCAUUUGUCCAGAGAACUUUCAAUGUUGAUGUGUAUGAAGAAAUCCACAGAAAGUUGUCUGAGGCCACCAGAGAACUGCAGAAUACACCCGAUGCUGUCCCUGAUAGUGGAAUCGAACCCCCUCCUCUUGACACAGCUUGGGUUGAAGCUACACGCAAAAAAGCUCUUCUUAAACUGGAGAAACUCGACACAGAUCUGAAAAAUUACAAAGGGAACUCUAUCAAGGAGAGUAUCAGGAGAGGCCAUGAUGACUUAGGUGAUCAUUACCUUGACUGUGGGGACCUCAGCAACGCUCUCAAGUGUUACUCACGAGCCCGUGAUUACUGCACCAGUGCUAAACAUGUUAUCAACAUGUGUCUCAAUGUCAUCAAGGUCAGUGUCUACCUCCAGAAUUGGUCUCAUGUUUUGAGCUAUGUAAGCAAGGCUGAGUCUACACCAGAAAUUGCAGAACAAAGAGGAGAAAGAGACAGCCAGACACAAGCAAUUCUCACCAAACUGAAAUGUGCAGCAGGCUUGGCUGAACUAGCUGCUCGGAAGUACAAGCAGGCAGCAAAGUGCUUCUUAUUGGCAUCAUUUGAUCACUGUGAUUUCCCUGAGUUGUUAUCUCCUAGCAAUGUGGCUGUGUAUGGUGGUCUCUGUGCCCUUGCUACCUUUGACCGUCAGGAACUACAACGAAAUGUUAUCUCCAGCAGCUCUUUCAAACUGUUUCUGGAGCUGGAGCCACAGGUUCGUGACAUCAUUUUCAAGUUUUAUGAAUCUAAAUAUGCUUCAUGCCUGAAGAUGCUGGAUGAGAUGAAGGACAACCUGCUGCUGGAUAUGUACCUUGCACCUCAUGUCAGGACACUUUAUACUCAAAUUCGAAAUCGUGCCCUUAUCCAGUAUUUCAGCCCCUAUGUGUCGGCAGAUAUGCGCAAGAUGGCCACUGCUUUUAAUACCACAGUGGCUGCUCUGGAAGAUGAACUUACUCAGCUGAUCCUGGAGGGACUGAUCAAUGCCAGAAUAGACUCUCACAGUAAGAUUCUUUAUGCUCGAGAUGUAGAUCAGCGCAGCACAACUUUUGAGAAGUCUUUACUAAUGGGCAAAGAGUUUCAGCGACGUGCCAAAGCUAUGAUCCUGCGAGCUGCAGUCCUGCGCAACCAGAUACAUGUUAAGUCUCCUCCGAGAGAAGGUAGCCAAGGGGAGCUUACUCCAGCUAACAGCCAGUCCAGGAUGAGCACCAACAUGUGAAAAACUUCGUGCACUACCAAAAGAAAUGGUCCCUCCGGGACUGUACCCACUAACUGCUGAGCUUCACAAACUGCCCCUGUCUCCCUCACUUCUUGUUUGAACGGAGAGGGUCAGGGCUGAUGGUGGAUAAUAUGAAUAUUCUGAUAACUUCAAUUCUCCUUGAAAAGAAAUAAUUUCUAAAAACAGCAUCCCUGCAAUGGGUCAUCAUUUCAGUUUUGGUAGAACAUCUUCCUUCAUUCUUCCACCACUCCAUAAAGAGCUGUCAGGUUAUUCAUAUGGAUGCUGAUUUCAGAGUUUUUCAGCUGCUAUUAGUUUUCUUGUUUCAAAGCUGCAAGAAUAGUUAGUGUUAAGUCGAAUGGGUAGGUGUGAUCUAAGAUGAAUUUUGCUGGCCUGAAAGUAUCGCCUUGCUUCUAAGCAAUGCUGAGCUUUCUGUUUGUUGCAGAUAAACUUAACAGGUGCAUUGCUUUUAAUUAUGACGCUAGAAUUCUGAUGGGAGAGGAGAUGUCCUUUGAGAAACUCUGAAUGAUUUUUCACCUACACCAGAAAACAUGGCACUGCUUCCAUACAUUGAGUCACAGGCCUUUGUUUUAGGGUGUUAUGUUUACCCAGAUUCGGAUUCUUUCUCUCUGGUCUGUGUUUCCAAAGACCUGUUUCCUGAUGCGUUUCCCACUUGUGCGUGACCUGGCUUUGGGGUCCGAUGUUACCAUAGCAGUAAAUCUCUACUUCAUCCAAAUACUGCUGCUUGUCCAGUCUUACUGCCAUAGUGUGUAAUGGUUUUCCAACAUGUGCAACAGUUGCUUCUGGUAGCAUGGAUAAAUGCUAUGAAAUACCACUCAAGUCCUGUGGAAGAGCUGAAAGCAGCCAAUCUAGGUGCCCGCUCUGCAGGUGCAUUUAUUCUGCUUUUCCUUUUAUAAAGGGAUUAAAGGUGGCAGCCCAGGUGUCUGCGUGUUCUGUGUUAAUGAAAGGAGAUAUGCACUGAAUUUUCUGAAGUCACUGCAGCCUUGCAUUCAUUUAAUCCAUAAGGCAAGCUAAGAAUUUUGAUCCAGCUCUGACUGGUCUGGCAACUGACUACAGAUGUUACUGUUAAUGUGUUAAUGCCUUUUUUUUUUUUUUUUUAAAUAAGUUGUUAUGUAGUGCAUUAAACAGCAGGA